UAUGAUGGGGAAGAAAACGAAAUUCGGGGUGUUCUCCUGGGGCUCCGUGGGAAGAAAAUCUUCCAGGGUCCAAACCAGGAAAUCUGAUCCAGAUCACAGAUCACCCCUCAGAGGAUACGGAGGAGCGCUCAUAACUCGGUCAAAGGGUCUUCCGCUAUUUCGAGGGCGCGCGUGGGGUGCUAAAUCCCGUGCGAAAAGAAGAAGCGUGCACAUCUGGCUCUGACGGGGUCGCAGAGUUAAGGGGGGAGGGACUUCAGUUUGUGUGUGUGUGUGUGCUCUUUAAUUCGCAGCAGAUGACCAUUUGGGGGAAUGGAGGAUGCAUUUGGGAGGCGAGUAGCACUGGACUAAUUGAACUGCUGCAUUGAUGCGGAUGCAGCAAUGCUCAUGAGAUGUGAAUCACCUUUUAGAUCACGGUGUGAGUUAUGGAGACGUCGCUCUGCACCAUGACAGAGGAGACGGCCGCCUGCACCUGAACAACGAAUGUGGAAAUGGAUACCAGCGGUUCCCUGUUGGGAAUAUGCAUUUUCUUGCUGUCUCUCCAUGGUUUUUCAUCUUCCUCAACGGCGUUGGAUUUUUGUCCCCUAAACUGCGACUGCGUGCAUGCGCGGCACCUUGUGUGCGCCAACCGCGGCUUGCGCGCCGUGCCCAAAGCAGCCGCGCUGAUGUCAGAUGAGGCGCUGAUCUUCAGCCUCGGGGGUAAUUUCAUCACGAACAUCUCUGAUUCUGAUUUCGCACAGUACAGUAAGCUUGUAAGGUUGAAUUUACAGUAUAAUCAAAUAGCAAUCAUUCACCCCAAAGCAUUCGAGAAACUGCCCAGGCUGGAGGAGCUUUACUUGGGGCAUAAUCUUUUAACAGCUUUACCUGCUGGAAGUUUACAACCCCUGAAAAAGCUAUCUACUUUCUAUGGGAAUAACAAUGACAUUAAGAAAAUAAUAUCGGAGAACUUUUUGAACUUGGAUAAUCUUGUUAAACUGCGCCUGGAUGGUAACUCAUUAGAGGUUUUGCAGGACUCUGUUUUUAAAAGUUUGAUCAACCUCCGGUAUCUUCAUCUGGAACACAACAAAGUGCAACACAUCCACAGAAACGCUUUCUGCAAACUGACAAAUCUGCGCUUUCUAAACCUGGCCCACAACAAGCAGUCAGCCCUGACAAAUGUUCUCACUUUCUCUCACCUCAGAGCUCUGACCACUUUGCUGCUGUCUGAAAAUGAGAUUCGGCAUAUCGGAAACCACCUCUUCCAAAACCUGAAAAAGCUGUCUAAGCUUUCUUUCAGUAACAACAGGAUUUCUCAUAUGGACAGAGAUGCUCUGAGGGGACUAUUGAGCCUCAGGGAGUUUCUGAUUGAUGGCAAUGAGCUGCAGGAAAUCAGUGCUGGAUGGCUCGAUCCUUUGGAAAGAGUUGAGGUGCUGGACUUCAGUCACAACCGGAUUGCCAGUGUGGAUUCCUUGGCUUUUUCCAGACUCAAACACUUAAAGGUGCUAAGGCUAAAGAACAACUUUCUCACCAGUCUGUCAGGUGAAAUUUUUGCCUUCAACAACGUCCUUCAGGAUGUCGAUCUCCAUGGCAACAACUGGACCUGCGACUGUCGCCUUGAGGAUUUUACGAGAUGGAUGACUGCUACUCAUUCCCAAGGCAAGCUGUUGACUGUACUUGUGCAAUGCCAUUACCCUGAAUCUCUGAGGGGGAAAUAUCUGGACUAUGUGAACAGCUCUCUGCGGCUGCCUUUUGGGAACUGGAACCAUUCCUGCAAGUUAGAUGGAGUGUGGAGAGGUGAAAAGGAUCAGAUGGAACUUGGUGAAAAAAAUAAAACAGAACUGGGAGAAAGAGAAGGUUUCAGACAGUUUAACAGGGGUGGAAUAGUGAUGAGGAGAGAAGGGGAGAAAAGGAAAAGAGGUGGCCAGGAAGAAGCAGAAAUCCAAGAAGACCAAGAGGGCCUGAAAGCAGCAGAACCUUCUCUCCUGAGAGGAAAGAAAACAAAGAAAGAGUCACGACCUGCUACAGAAGCAGCUGGUAAACGGGCCAAAGAAAGGCAGAGGUCAAAUGUUGUCCCUAAAAUUGAUCCAUCAGUCACCUCCAAACCAAGUCAUCCAACAUACACAUGGCUUUUUACCAGCUCUCCUGUCCAGUCAGAGGAAACGUUUGAUCUCCUGAGGUCAGAUCAAGACGCAGCAUUGCCUGUUAUCUCAGAUCCUUGUAUGUUCAACCGGCAUUUCAUCACUAAUGUUUCAGUUGAUCAGGUGACAUCCAGCACUGUCACUGUUUACUGGACGAGCAGGGAUUAUCAUCGCUACACACCAAAACCAAAGCCAGGGCUACACGAAGUCCACUAUCGCAUUCUGUUUGACCGGUUUGGCACCCCACACCGCUUCCCUCGCUACAUCUACGCCAAAAGAGAUUCUCGCUCUGUAAUCCUUCGCGAACUCACCUCAGGGGUGACCUAUGUGGUCUGUGUAGAAGGAGUAGUCGGUGGAUCUGUGUGCCAAGUGGCACCCCGCGACCACUGUGCAGGAUUGGUCACCCUUCAAGAGGGGGUCAGCCAUCAUGGCAGUGCUUUACUAACCUCUGACCUCCAAUUGGUUACAGUGGCAACACUGGUGGGGAAUGCCAUGCUGCUGCUGGUCCUCAGUGGUGUCUGGCUGGGGCGGAGCCUCAGGAGGAGGCUGCAGAGGAGGAAGUCAGCCGUUCAUGUCCGGCACAUGUACUCCACAAGGAGACCGUUCCGUCCCACAGUGGCAUCAACCUCGGUGUCCACGGACUUCACCAGCUAUCAGAGCAGCCGACCAGCUCGCCUCACCCCGCUGGAGGAAGGGAACCUGAUUGAGUUCCCUUGUGACCGCUUUUUAGACAACUGUGGUGUUCGCAGAGACAGCGAUAUGCAGAGAUUCUGUGACUAAACCAAAAAAGGGAACUCUGAAAUAUAGAUAUAUGAGAAUUUGACUACAUUUACUUCAUUGAAAAAUAUCUUUCUCUCAGUAUACACCCGACAAAAUUAAAACAUGAUCAUAGGUUUGCUUUUGGCUGCAAAAACAAACCUACAUGACAAUUUCUUUCAGCUGUAGAACAGCUGAGGUCCUGAUGAUCAAUUCAGACUCCAGAGGAAGUCCAGUCCCUGAGACUUCCUUUUUUCUAAAUGAGGCCUUUUCCUCUUUCAUUUCCUCGCACCUGCCAAUGUCUUAAAAUAUGUGUUGUCUUUUUUUAUGUGAGUGGAUGUGUGCACAUAUUAAAUGUUGUACCACUGAUUUCAGCAAUGGUGCUAAUACCCAAUUCACAGAUGUCAUUUCGUCUCAUAUUUGUACAGAAUGUUAUGAGGGCUGCUGGUUGGUAGAAAAAUAUGUACUAGUUGUAUUAUGUUUUAUACUUUUUUGUAAAGAUGUCAUUUUAUAUUACACAAAAAAGCGAAAGCACAAGGAGAUCAGUAUGCGCCAGGCUUCCCAUGGAACAGGGUUCCCAGGUUUGGAGAAAUGCGCUCACCUCCAAAUUGCAUAUACACUAGCUCUUGGAAGGAGAUUUCACCAACAAAGUGACUAAAAUUUCUUUGAAGUGUUUGUGGAUGAUUUAGUUACAUUGGAAUAUACAUUGUUCCUAUUGGUGUCAUGUGUAUCAAUUCAUUUGAUGAAGCAAAAGAAGAGUACGCUUCUAAGCCUACAUGGAAUAUGUGAAACACUUGAUACUGCUCAAAAAUAUGAAUGUUUUGAAUAAUGUUUUUCACAUCUUAAACAUCAACUACUGUUUGUAUUUCAAAACAUGGAACAACAAAUCUAUAGCUUUAAAAGGAAAACUAAAGAGUGUGUGAGACUCUUACAGUGCUAAAUGUUAGUGAGGCCUGGCAAUGGUUAGUCCCUUUGUUUGAGUCAGCAGGGUGGAGUGCCUCCAGUAUUUAGUCCCAAUAGACAAAAACAUGUGCAUAUAAAAUAAACAUGCACAAAAAUGUAUUUUAAGAGCACUAGAAAGUGAAGGAGUCUAUGCAAGCCUGCUGUAACUCAUUCUAAUGUUUUACAUGAAAGGUUUUGCUUACUUCGAACAAACCUUUUGAACACUUAUAUGUAUAUACCUUAAUAUUAAUGAUGUUCCAACUAAACAAAAGGGAAAUACCACUUUAAAUGUCUGUGUAACAAUGUAUUAGGACAUAUCUAUGAGUGCAUUUUGGAUAAAACUAGAAGGGCUUCAAUCUCCCUCAGUUGCUGAGGUCAAACGCCAUUUUACACCAAAACGGACACUAGGGGGCAGAGUAGACCACCCAGUUUAUUUAGGUCCAAGUUGCUCAUGCACAUCCUUUAAUUCGCCUUCAAAAACAACCAAGCAUCAGGAAAAAGCCUUGUUUCACGAAUGAAAAAUAACAUUAGACCACAUGAAGACAUGGAGAAUAAUAUUUUUUUUAUUUUAGCAUUAGAUUUACAGCCAUAGUCCAUAUAUUUACAGUACAAAAUGUUAGGUUGAAACGUAAAUCAUCUGAGUGGGAUUUAGACAUGAAGUGCAGUUUGUAGUUUUUUAAUGGCAAUUUCAUGGUAUAAAAAGUGUCUUUCAACAAACCCUGUUUAUGAUCUUUCUUUCCUUUUAUAUGGCUCUCUAACACAGAUUUCGGGUUUCACUGACUUUAUUUACAAGAAUAUAACAUUUGCAAUGUUUAAAAUAACAUUUUGUAUUAAAGUUGUUUACUUAUUAAUAAACAAAUACAGUUGUAUUAUUCAUUGCAAUACAUUUUCCACUCCAAAUAAAAGGUGUGCAACAGCA